UAAUUCUGCUGACCCCUGCAACAACUACAUUGUGCUGGACAAUCCAUGGAGAGCCUCUAACAGACAAUCUUAUGACCGCAUGUGUGACACUAUCACCUGGAGAGGCUGGUAUCGGCUCUUCCUUCAUGGCUUGAAUGUUCAAAUCUCAGACACUUGUGUUAUGAAGUAUCGCUGUAGCACUGAUAUCCCACUGUGGAUUCAUGGUGGACACCCAAGAAUUGAGGAUGGAGUCGUCACUCGGGAUGUCUGCGGUAACUGGGACAAUUACUGCUGCUAUUAUGGCUCUUACCCCAUUAAAAUCAAAGCUUGUCCAGGAAAUUAUUAUGUCUAUGAGCUGGUUAGUCCAACUAAAUGCAAUGCAGCAUACUGUGCAGAUGUUAGCAGCAUUAACACCAGCUCUUCAGCAGUCAUACCAGCGUCUCUCUUAACUGAUUAUUAUUCUGCUGACCCCUGUUACAACUACACUGUGCUGGACGAUCCAUGGAGAGCCAACGGCAGGCAAUAUUAUUAUUAUUAUAACUACUACAAAUGUGACACCACAGUCAGCUGGAGCGGCUGGUAUCGUCUCUUCAUUAACGAUGUGAGCGCUCACAUCCCAGACACGUGUGUUGCUCAGUAUAGCUGUGGCACUAAUAUCACACUGUGGAUUCGUGGUGGACACCCAGCAGUUGAGGAUGGAGUCGUCACUCGAGAUGUCUGCAGUAACACUGGCAGUUACUGCUGCUUUUACGGGUCUUACCCCAUUAAAGUCAAAGCCUGUCCGGGCAAUUAUUUCGUCUAUGAGCUGGUUAGUCCAACUGUCUGCAGUUCAGCGUACUGUGCAGAUGUUAGCAGCAUUAACACCAGCUCUACAGCCGUCACAACAGCGACCAUCUCCACUGGUAAUGUAACACACCUGUGUCUCUAUUGA